CAAAAAAGCAGGCCUGUGCCUUGUAAGAACUGAAGGCAUGCCCCGUAUCUUCCCAGCACAAAAUUCCUUAUUUAAGAAGUAGCUCUGCUUGCUCUCACCACGCACCAUUACUCAUUUACCUCCUAAUUGCUUUUCUUCUUCUUCUUCAUCUUCCCUCUUCUGUUGUAUUUCUCCUUCUUUCCUUUCAUGGAAGUCAACGGUUUAGUCAUGAGUUCUCAGUUACCUCCUGGCUUUCGUUUCCAUCCUACAGACCAAGAACUCAUCAAUUGUUACCUGACAAAGAAGGUCGCUGCUUCUUUGCCUUCAGAUUGGGAUAUUAUAGCUGAUAUUGAUCUCUACAAAUUCAAUCCAUGGGAGCUUCCUGGCAAGGCUUGCUUUGGUGAGGGAGAGUGGUUCUUCUUUAGUCCUAGAGAAAGAAAGUAUCCUAAUGGUGUUCGGCCUAAUAGGGCGGCCGGGGUGGGCUAUUGGAAGGCCACCGGUACAGAUAAGCCUGUUUUGAGCGCCGAUGGCACCCACUGCAUCGGCGUCAAGAAAGCUCUCGUCUUUCAUAAGGGCCGGCCACCGAAGGGCACUAAGACCGAAUGGAUUAUGCAGGAAUAUCGUCUCUUGAAUUCCAAGAUUGCUCCUUCUCAAUCUCAGAAGCAGAAGGGAGGAUCUAUGCGAUUGGACGAAUGGGUUCUCUGCAGAGUAAGGCAGAAAGGCAACUUGCCAACUGCAAGUGUUGAAGAAGCUGAGACCUGCAGCCCAACAGAGUCUUCCUUCACUGUCAGUGCUCAGAGCGAAGAAAGGCAAGAGUUGGUGAUGAAUAGUACCAGCUUCCCUGACUGGAAUGAAAACCAGCUUCUUCGCUACCCUUUUGAGUCUCACGAGGAAAGGGAGAGCAUAGGAGAAGUUUUGGACCCUGCCAUCUUCAUUAGAAAUUCGCAACUUGGACUCAGCUACGACUAUUUCGAGGUAGAACAAGCUUCUUCUCCGUUGAUUCCGUCGGCGUUCGGUUCAAUGAAGAGAAAGCAAUCCUUUGAUCUGCUUGAUGAGCUGAUGCUACAACAAUCUAAGAAGAGGUUGCAAUGCUCCGCAGAUGGGCUGUUCUCGCCUGCAGAGUCUGUUGCAAUCAAUCAAUUCUUCCCGGACUUCUUCCUAUGAUGACACGGGCUGUGUUGAGAAUUUAUGAUAAGAUUAUGGAGAUGAUUAUGCUAUCAUACAAUUAUGACCAAGGUUGGGAUUUUAUUUUUUUCUUCUUCAUUUUUGGCUUUGGCUUAUGAAAGGGAGAGGGAAUAGUUGUAUUGAGAGAUCAAUUGGGCCAGGUCUUCAUACAACUGUGAAAGAGCAAAGGAAAUGCUCUCUAAUUUCUUCAUGGAUCAAGAUUGACUUAGCCAUUGUAGAUUAUCAUUCAUGUAUAAUUUGUAAUAAAAUUUCCCUUCUGUUGUAUAUGAUUGAAAUUUAUGCUA